AUGACUGUUACCACUCCUUUGGUCAACGGUACUUCGUAUUGCACCGUCACUGCAUAUUCUGCAGACUCAUACAAGCAAGCUAUCGAUUUUUAUUCAAAAUUCCUAUCAUUGGAAGAUCUAACCUCCAAUGCUCAAGAACAAUCCACCACCAUCUCUAAUGGGUCCAUCUCCAUCAAGAUUCAAUUGAAGGAAAACCCUCAACAACAAUCUCAAGUCGCUAACCAACUGGAACAAUUGAAAGCCAUGGAAAAGACUCAAGAUUGGAGAUCUCACGUGCAAGAAUCUUUAGUAUUCUCCACUGCAAACAUCUUAAUAAACAAGGAAACUCUAACUGCUUUACAAUACCCAACUCAAUCCUAUCCAAGUGAAUUGUUCCCCAUGGAACUAUACACUUUGGAUCCAUUGGGUAACGUUAUUGGUGUCACUUCCACCAAGAACGCAAUCUCUACUAAACCAACCGAACCACCUGCUCAAAAGAAGGCUAAGUUCGCUUCAGGUUUACCUUCCAAAGUCCAUUCUUUCACAGAUCUUUCUUACCGUAUGAAGACCACUGAUAACUACCCAUCUUUACCAAAGACUACUAAUGAAAAAAACAAGAAGGCCAUCGCCGUCAUGACCUCCGGUGGUGACGCUCAAGGUAUGAACUCUAACGUCAGAGCCAUCGUUCGUUCCGCCAUCUUUAAAGGUUGUCGUGCCUUUGUCGUCAUGGAAGGUUACGAAGGUUUAGUCCGCGGUGGACCUGAAUACAUUAAGGAAUGUUCCUGGGAGGACGUUCGUGGAUGGUCCGCUGAAGGUGGUACCAAUAUCGGUACUGCUCGUUGUUUGGAAUUCAGAGAACGUGCAGGAAGAUUGUUAGGUGCUCAACAUCUUAUUGAAGCUGGUGUGGAUGCCUUAAUCGUCUGUGGUGGUGAUGGGUCCCUAACUGGUGCCGAUUUGUUCAGAUCCGAAUGGCCAUCUUUGAUCGAAGAAUUAUUGGCUAAUAAGAGAAUCUCUCAAGAUCAAUUCGAUAAGUAUAAACAUUUGAACAUUUGUGGUACUGUCGGUUCCAUCGAUAAUGAUAUGUCCACCACUGACGCUACCAUUGGUGCUUACUCCGCAUUGGAUAGAAUUUGUACCGCCAUUGAUUACGUUGAAGCCACCGCUAACUCUCAUUCUAGAGCUUUCGUCGUCGAAGUCAUGGGUAGAAACUGUGGUUGGUUAGCAUUGUUGGCUGGUAUUGCCACUUCUGCUGAUUACAUUUUCAUCCCAGAAAAGCCUGCCACUUCCAGUGAAUGGCAAGAUCAAAUGUGUGACAUUGUUUCUAAGCAUAGAGCUAGAGGUAAGAGAACUACCAUUGUCAUUGUCGCUGAAGGUGCCAUCUCUGUUGAUUUGACUCCAAUUUCUCCAGCUGAUGUCCACAAGGUCCUUGUCGAUAGAUUGGGUCUAGAUACAAGAAUUACCACUUUAGGUCACGUUCAAAGAGGUGGUACCGCUGUCGCUUACGAUCGUAUGCUUGCCACUUUACAAGGUGUCGAAGCUGUUAACGCCGUCUUGGAAUCUACUCCAGAAACUCCAUCUCCAUUAAUUGCCAUCAAUGAAAAUAAGAUUGUUAGAAAACCAUUAGUGGAAUCUGUUAGAUUAACCAAAGAAGUCGCUGCUGCCAUUCAAGCAAAGGAUUUCAAAAAAGCUAUGUCCCUAAGAGACACUGAAUUCAUUGAACAUUUGAAGAAUUUCAUGGCUAUUAACUCAGCUGAUCAUAACGAACCAAAAUUAGCUGCUGAUAAGAGAUUGAAAAUCGCUAUUGUCAACGUGGGUGCUCCAGCCGGUGGUAUUAACUCCGCCGUGUACUCCAUGGCUACAUACUGUAUGUCUCAAGGUCACAAACCAUACGCUAUUUACAAUGGUUGGUCCGGUUUAGCUAGACACGAAAGUGUUCGUUCUCUAGACUGGAAAUCUAUGAUCGGAUGGCAAAGUCGUGGUGGUUCUGAAUUAGGUACCAACAGAAACACUCCAGAAGAAGCUGAUAUCGGUAUGAUCGCCUACUAUUUCCAAAAAUACCAAUUCGAUGGGUUGGUCAUUGUUGGUGGGUUUGAAGCCUUUGAAUCUCUAAACCAAUUGGAAAAAGCUAGAGAAAGUUAUCCAGCUUUCAGAAUUCCAAUGGUCUUGAUCCCAGCUACUUUAUCUAAUAACGUCCCAGGUACCGAAUAUUCUUUAGGUAGUGAUACCGCUUUGAAUGCUCUAAUGGAAUACUGUGACGUCGUCAAGCAAUCUGCUGCUUCCACAAGAGGUAGAACUUUUGUCGUUGACGUUCAAGGUGGUAACUCUGGUUACUUGGCCACCUGCGCUGCAUUGGCUGUCGGUGCUCAAGCUUCUUAUGUUCCAGAAGAAGGUAUCCCAUUACCACAAUUACAACAAGAUAUUGAAACUUUAGCUGAAUCAUUUGAAAGUGCUAAGGGUAGAGGUAGAAAUGGUAAAUUGAUCUUGAAGAGUACCAACGCUUCCAAGGCUCUUGGUGCUACCGAUUUGGCUAAUGUUAUUACUGCUGAAGCCAACGGUAGAUUCGAUGCUAAGCCAGCCUUCCCAGGUCACGUCCAACAAGGUGGUUUGCCAUCCCCAAUCGAUAGAACUAGAGCCACUAGAUUUGCCAUUAAGGCCGUUGAUUUCAUUGAAGAACAACAACAAACCAUGGCUUCUGUUCGUGCUGCCGAUGAUGAAUUUAAUGCUGAUGAUAAGGAUGUCUCUGCUACAGCUACUGUCUUGGGUGUUAAACGUUCUCACAUUGUUUUCUCCUCCAUCAGACAAUUGUACGAUUAUGAAACUGAAAUUUCCUUGAGAAUGCCAAAGGUCAUCCACUGGCAAGGUACUAGAGCCAUUGCUGACCAUUUGGUUGGUAGAAAGAGAGUUGAUUAA